AUGAGGAGUAUGGGGAACUCACUUAGUAGACCGGAAGGCAAGCCUUCGGUUGACAGGCUGACGACAAUCUCGAGGGGCAUUCAGGAGAAUACCCAGAUCCUCACGGACAGGCUGCACACCCAGGGGCUUAGUGCACCCUCGUAUGAGGCACAUGGUCUUGCAGACUUUCCGCUGAAAGAGUCCGACGAUGAGACAUUGAGGGCCAGGCAGCAGAUUUUGUCCCUGACCAAGGAACUUCGAGACUUGGUGCUAGGACCGCGGGAAGCGCUGAAGCUGAUGGCCUUGGAUGUUGUCAAUUAUAUCCCUCUGCACGCAAUCUACACUUUCAAGAUUGCAGAGGCAGUGCCUCAACAAGGAUGCAUCUCAUACGACAGCCUGACGAGGGAAGUCCAGCGCGUCUCGGGCUUCAAAAUCCCUGCCUCUGAGCUUCGCAGGCUCCUCCGUCUCGCCAUGGCCAACAAUCUCUUUUGCGAGCCGGAGCUUGACCACGUCGCCCAUAAUCGCACCUCACUCGUCAUGCUGGAGGACGAAAGCCUAGCUAGCUGGGUUGGAUUGUACACGGUCGACCUGUUUCUUCCCGUUGGCAACACAGUGGCAGCUAUGCAGAAGUGGCCUGGUUCUCAGGACCUCACAGAGACGGCCAUCAAUAUCUCGUACGGCCAUAGCAACACCUUCUUCAACCACGUCCAAACCGACACAACCCGGGCCAAAAGGUACGAUCUCGCCAUGCGAGCCCACGGCUCCCGUGAAGGGUUCGACGUGUCACACACAGUCCACAGCUACCCCUGGGCAAAGCUGGGCAACGCCACUGUCGUAGAUAUGGGCGGUAACGAGGGAUACGUAUCCAUGGCCAUCGCCGAAUCCUUCCCCAACCUCAGCUUCGAAGUCCAGGACCUCCCUGGCAUGCGGACCGACGCAACCGUCGGCAGAGUGCCGCCCCAUCUGGUCGGCCGCGUGAAGCUCACGACGCACGAUUUCUUCCUCGAGCAGCCCACCGUUGCGGGCGCGUACCUGUUCCGGCACAUCUUCCACGCGUUCCCGGAUAGACACGUUGUGCGGGCUCUGAGGGCGCUCGUCCCCGCCAUGAGGCACGGCUCGCGCGUCAUUCUCAACGACGUGGUUCUGCCGGCCCCGGGCGCCGUCUCGCUGGCCGAGGAGAAGACGUUCCGCCUUCUCGACGUCCUGAUGAAGACUGUCUGCAAUGGUCGGGAGAGGGAAAUCAGCGACUGGAAGGUCUUGUUCGAGGAGGCCGACGCCAGGUUCGUCUGGCAGGGGGCGUGGAAGUCGAGCGGAAACCUGUGGUUUGUGGAAGCUCAGUGGCAGGAGAGGCCAAGCAUGAAUGGGGGCGAAUCUCGCAUUUGCUAG